AUGAUGGAGGCAUCACUAGUACCUCCUUCACCCGAGCGAUCGGCUCUUGGAUGGCACCCUGGAGAACGGGCGAUCAUGGAGCUGCUUGGAGUAACCACUUUCCAGCGACCGAACCCGACAUCGUUAGUGUUUCCACCUGCUCAUGGGGCACGUAUCUCUGAAAACGAGCUGCUGGCGGUCGGCACACUUGACCACGAGGGCCGGCCAUGGAGCACCAUCUGGGGCGGCCAAAAGGGCUUUGCGCAGCAGAUCGCCAAAGGCAUACUGGGUGUCCGCGUCUUGGUGGACCGGCAGCAUGACCCCGUGGUUCAGGCCCUUCUGUCGCCAGCAAACAGCCCGGACGACGACUACAAGCUAAUGAGCGGCAUAAGCAUAGACUUCGACUCCCGGGAUCGCGUCAAGGUAAUGGGCAGGCUUCUUGGAAUCGAGCCACUGGACGACAUGGACAUGGCCGACCAUAAUAAAUUAGUGGGAGAUUUGCAGCUGUCGAUGCUGGUGCAGGAAAGCACCGGUAACUGCCCCAAGUAUAUCAACAGGCGAGAAGUACGGACGCAUGUGCCAUCACCUCAGCUGAUGUCAGAGUCGCUCCCCUUGCCCCCGCAGGCUGUGAGCCUGAUUCAUAAGACCGACUUGUUCUUUGUAUCUUCGACCAACGGGGAGUCAAUGGACACCAACCAUCGCGGUGGCCCUUCCGGAUUCAUGCGUGUGGCCUCCAAUGAGCCCAAGGACUGCAGAGGUGUUGUAUUAGUCUAUCCAGAGUAUUCUGGCAACCGGCUUUACCAGUCGCUAGGUAACUUAUAUCUGAAUCCCCGAAUCGGCAUCGUUGUCCCGGACUUUGAAUCAUCCGAUGUGCUUUAUCUCACAGGCACUGCUGAUCUGCUGCUCGGCGCAGCAGCCGCUGAGAUUAUGCCCCAUUGUAAACUCGCUGUGCGCAUCCACGUCCAGGCUGCACGCCUUGUGGCUAACGGUCUGCCUUUUUGCGGCAGCCCAGUCCAUGACAUGUCGCCAUACGAUCCCCCAGUGCGAGGGCUCGCCCAAGAGCCUAAUGUGCUAUCCGAAACCACAUCCUCUGCGGCAGCCACGGCUGAAUUAGUAAAUAGAGAGUUGCUCACGCCAAGUAUCAAUCGCUUCACCUUUGCCCUACAUCCACCUGCUCAUUCUACCAGUAGUACUACUACGACUCCACAAGGAGGCAGCAGCAUGAUUGCCGUCAAACCAUGGGCUGCUGGACAACACGUAACUUUAGACUUCAGCGGCGAACUGGACAAAGGGUACAAGCAUAUGAAUGCGGAGAAUCCUCAGAGCCUGAACGACGACUACGUGAGAACGUUUACCGUGACCAACCUGCCACCAGCUGCAUCCGAGACGGAAGGAGAAGAAAAUACACUUCCGGAAGGGACGUUGAUGCAGCUUACAGUGCGGAAACAUGGUGCAGUUACUGCCUUCCUCUGGGACUAUGAUAUGAAGACAACGAAACUGAAAAUUCCCUUGAUGGGGUUUGGUGGAGAUGAAGCUUUUCAAUUACUACCAAUUGCUGCUCAAAAACCGUGCGAGGAGCAAGCCGUCUUUAUCGCCGGCGGCGUCGGGGUAACUCCACUGCUUGCCCAGGCUCCUGGUGUGCUGGCCGGCCCAGGCCAGGAAUCUCAGGACUACCUGCAUGUACUCUGGACCCUGCGGGCAGAUGACCUUCCUCUUGCCAUCGACACGUUUAGCAAGAUCCCCGGACUUGCGGUGCGGACGAGACUAUUCGUUACUGGAGUGAAUCUGGCAGACAGAACCCACUCAUCGGUGGAAGAAGAGACUCUUAAGUCACUAUUAGACCAAGUCGCCGCGGUUGGAGCAGAAGUGGUCCACCGUAGAAUAGAUAAGGGUGACGUGCUGAAGCCUGUUCAGGAGGUGUCGGAGGCUGGGAGGAAGACGAAGUUCUUCAUCUGCACGAGUACAGAGCUAUCUAAAACUCUUCUAGUAUGGCUGGGGGGUCAGACCGUCGUAUCAGAGAACUUCUCCUAUUGA